UUCCUUUUGCUCUGGCUUUGAGGGAUUUGCCACACGGGACAAAGGAUAGUGAACUAGAACCCAGGAAGCAAGAGGAGGAGGAGGAGGAAGAGGCGGCUCUAGGGCCCAGUCGCAGCCAUGGUGAAGCUGGCGAACCCUCUGUACACGGCCUGGAUCCUAGAGGCCAUCAAGAAGGUGAAGAAGCAGAAGCAGCGCCCGUCCGAGGAGCGGAUCUGCAACGCGGUGAACACGUCGCACGGCCUCGACCGCCAGACCGUCCUCGAGCAGCUCGAGCUCAGCGUUCAGGAUGGCACCGUCCUAAAGGUCAGCAACAAGGGUCUGAACUCUUACAAGGACCCCGACAAUCCCGGACGCCUGGCCCCGCCCGCCAAGAUGAAAGGCGGGUCGAGCGCGGGCGGCGGCGGCGGCGCGCUUCACAAGAAAGCCUCUCUGGACUGGAACAAGCUGAUCCGCCGCGCCCUGCACGGGCUCCACGAGGCCGAGGGCUCGUCCCUGAAGGGCAUCGAGCGCUUCCUGAAGUGCCAGGCGGACGUGGCCAGUCAGUUGAGCGGCGCGGCGGCGCCCAGGAUCUUCCACCAGCAGCUCAGGGUGGCCUUGAAAAGGGCCGUGGCGCACGGGCGAGUGCUGAAAGACGGCUCGCUGUUCAGACUCGCCGGCGACGGCACCGACGGACGCGUGGCGCUGGAAUCGCUGCCUCCUGUACGGCUACUGCCGCACGAGAAGGACCGGCCGGUGGCCGAACCCAUCCCCAUCUGUAGCUUCUGUCUGGGGACCAAGGAGCAGAACCGGGACAAGAAGCCGGAGGAGCUCAUCUCGUGCGCCGACUGCGGUAACAGCGGUCACCCAUCCUGUUUAAAAUUCUGCCCGGAGUUAACGGCGCGAGUCAAAGCUCUGUGGUGGCAAUGCAUCGAGUGCAAGACCUGCAGCAGCUGUCAGGACCAGGGCAAAAACGCGGAAAACCUGUUGUUGUGCGACUCCUGUGAUCGAGGUUUCCACAUGGAGUGCUGUGACCCACCACUCGGUCGAAUGCCAAAAGGUAUGUGGAUCUGUCAGGUCUGCCGGCCGCGGAAAAAGGGAUCAAACGUCUUGCACGAAAAAGCAGCACAAAUCAAACGGCGGUAUAACGCACCGCUGGGUCGACACAAGAGCAGAGCGGGUCACUCCUUUAAGAAACUCAAAGGGAGCCGGCGGAGACGGGGCGGCCAUUCCCGAGGUUCCGCCUCUCCGCCCUCGUCCUCGAGCUCGUCGUGCGACGGCUACCUGGGAAACAGUUACCUGGCCGACGGUUACCCCGGCGACGACUGCCUGCUGUUCUCGCGGCGGGACGAGGAGGACGGGACUCGGGGCGUGCCGCGCUUCAACCGGAAAACCAAAGGGCUGAUCGAUGCCCUCAGCAAGUUCUUCACCCCCUCGCCCGACGGCCGGAAAUCCAGGGCGGAGUCGCUCGACUACGUGCAGCACCGCAUCCGCAAGAAGAGCGGCAGGAAAUCGGAGGCGCACCCGCACACGGAGGACAAUCAAGAGUGUGAGGACGACUGGAAAGACGAGGAGGAGAAACUCCCAGGACACGACAGCCUGACUGAGAAGGACGUGGAACUGUUCAGACACAUCCAGGAACUGGCGCUGCAGAAAGUCGGAGCGACGGGGCCUCUGGAUCCCCACAUGCGCUGUCCAGCCGUCAUCGAGUUCGGAAAGUACGAGAUCCAGACGUGGUACUCGUCUCCGUACCCGCAGGAGUACAGCAGACUCCCCAAGCUCUACCUGUGCGAGUUCUGCCUGCGAUACAUGAAGAGCCGCGGCAUCCUGUACCAACACAUGCGCAAGUGCGCCUGGUUUCACCCGCCCGCCAACGAGAUCUACAGGAAGGACGACGUCUCCGUGUUUGAGGUGGACGGAAACGUAAGCACAAUAUACUGUCAGAACCUGUGUCUGCUGGCGAAGCUCUUUCUGGACCACAAGACGUUGUACUACGAUGUGGAGCCGUUUCUUUUUUACGUGCUCACACAAAACGACUCCAAAGGAUGUCACCUGGUCGGCUACUUCUCCAAGGAGAAACAUUGCCAGCAAAAGUACAACGUGUCCUGCAUCAUGAUUCUUCCGCAGUACCAGCGCAAGGGCUACGGGCGCUUCCUCAUCGACUUCAGUUACCUGUUGUCGAAGCGGGAGGGUCAGCCCGGUUCCCCGGAGAAGCCUUUAUCCGAUCUGGGUCGUCUCUCGUACAUGGCGUACUGGCGCAGCGUGGUGCUGGAGUGCCUGCACGAGGUGCGAGACAGAAAGCUCACCAUCCGACGGCUCAGUAAGGUCACCGGCAUCUGCCCGCAGGACAUCACGGCCACGCUGCAGAAUCUAAACAUGCUGGAGCAGCGGAAGGACCGGCUGGUUCUGGUACGCAGGGAGAAGCUGGUAACGGAUCACGUGACCCGUCUCCGAGCCCGACCCCGGCUCCUGGACGUCGACCCGGACUGCCUGCGCUGGACGCCGGUCAUCGUCACCAACACGGUGGUGUCUGACGAGGGAGACGAGGACGAAGAGGAGGGGGAGGAGGACAAUGCAGAGAAAGAGAACGGCAAAGAGGAGUUGCAGUCCAGUCGCUUGGAUCCUCUGCCGCCUUGGAAGACGAUAGCACAAAGCGAGGACCAGGAAGACAAGAAGUGCUUCCCCACAUUCCCCAACAACCGGAGCUCCCCGUCCUCCUCGCCAAACCGCAGCAGUCUCACGAGUCCCGAAGCCCCUCGUCCACAGACCAACGGCGAGCGCAGGGGGCGCGGCCGCCCCCCUAAAAACCCACCCUGGGGCAAAGUCAAGGACCGGCCUCGCACCGGUCCGGGCCGGCCCCGUAAAUCCAAGCCGGACGACGACGAGGAACCGUAUCCGCCCCAGAACAAAGCACCGCACGCGCCCCUGUCCCCGCCGACCCUCUUCAGCUCUGGGAACGAGCCGAACCCCGCGUCCGAGCAGCGCACGGAAGAUUCGAGGCACUCGGAGGCCUCCGCGCCGCGCAGUAGGGGGCGACCGUCACGGAAAAAGACCAGCUCCAAGCGCAGGUUGAGCGAGGGCUCGGAGGACGGCGAGCUCUCGCUGCCCGCGCUGCCCGGACUGAGCGAGUCUCCGAAUCUGUAUUCCGGAUGCAGCGAAAGCAGUGAAGAUGACGACGACUUUAAUGAAGAGAUGGGCGCUCGCUCCCCGCCUGUCCUCACCAAACCCACGUUAGGUCCCAAAAGCAAGAAGCUUCCACGGAAGCGACGCAUACGUCAGCGCAGCCACCCACACAGCAGCGUGGUAACGGAAACCAUUUCGGAAACCACCGAGGUUCUUAAGGAGCCUUUCGUGGAUUCGGACUCCGAGAGGCCCAUGCCCCGACUAGAAGAGGAAACUCCUUUCGGACAUGCCCUCCGAUGUUACCCACCUGCUCGGAAGCACCUGGAACCUCCACCUAAAAGAGUCCGACCAGGAACUCACUCCGAGUCUGAGGAGGAUGAUUGCUCGCUUGUGCUGAAGCCAGUCACCGUCCUGAAAAAGCCAGAGGGUACGGAGGAACUGGAAAAGGUGGAGUCUCCCUCCGCGACGCCAGAAGCCCCGGUCAAGAAGAAGAAAGGCUGGCCUAAGGGAAAGAGCCGGAAGCCCCUGCACUGGAAGAAUGACCCUGCGAGGAAGAGAGAAACUGAGGACGGCAAGGCAGCCGACACCAGUUUGACAGCCCAGUCCUCAGAGGAACCGCCGCUGCCACCGAAGGUCAAACGCAAACCUGGGAGAAAGCCUCGAAACCACCACGCUCAGGAAACGGCUGCCAGAGAAGAGCUGGACAAGAGCCAGACCUCGCAGCAAUCGCUCGAGGAUCGGACCUCCAAGAGGAGAGCUCCGACCUCUGACCUGGACUGCGAAAGGAGCAAAGACUCGGAGGAGGACGACGUUUUCCUCCAAAAGACGAUCGAGCAGCCUAUACCCAGGAGACGAGGCCGGCCGCCCAAGAAACCCGCUCUCAAGCCUCCCGUUCCCAAACCCGCUCCCGUUUCCGAGCCGGAGGAUGAGGAGGAUCGAGCGUCGGCCGAGGAGAAGCCGAGUCUUCCACCUUCCUGCGACCUGUCCCCGGCUUCUGACUCCAGGGUCCACCAGAACGGAGACGUGCCCGAGCAAGAGGACGACGAAGACGACAACCCGGGCAGCAGGAGGACUUUGGCCAUGCAGGGCUCGGGAAGCCGCAGAAGCGACGAUCACGACGCAGACGACGAAGGGGAUGGCCGACUCGAGGAGAAGAGCGACGCCGACAAGUUGAGGAAGAGUCAGGAUUCCGAUGACGACGACGACGACGACGACGAGCUGGAAGAUGACGAGGAGGACGCACCGUCUCCUGCCCGGUCGACGCCCGUGAAGGAAGAGCCGCGGACCGGGGAGGGUUUUUUAGACACGUCGGAGAGCGUACCUCAAGAGUACGUCAGCAAGCGAGAAGAGGAGGGCGAUGACGAAGAGAUGGAAGACGUCCAGGAGGUCAAGACGUCCUCGGUCGACCUGCAGGACGAAAGGCGGCGCCGAGAACAGGAGGAAUCUGCAGCCGCCGCCGCCGCCGUGGAGACCGUGACGUCCAUUCCGGUUCCGUCUGCUGACUCCCCGGGUCUGCAAGCGCUGGACAAGUCUGACCUCCUAAUGCCGACCGAGCAUUCUCACGAGGGCUCGGCGUUUAAGGACGAGUUGAGCCACCAUCCGCACGCGGACCAUCACAGCAGCGAGCUGGACCUGGAGACGGUCCAGGCGGUCCAGUCGCUCACGCAAGAGGAGGCCCAGGAGGAGGAGGCCGAGCCACACAGAGCCUACCAGGACUGCGAGGAGACGCUGGCUGCAUGUCAAACCCUGCAGAGCUACGGUCACGGGGAGGGAGACGAGGAAGCCCUGACCAUGGUGGAGGAUUGCGGCGCCUCCCAGCACAACAGCCCCAUGCCCAAUCCUCCCAUCCCCCCUUUGGCCGGUCAAUCUGUACGCUCGGUCAACAGCCCCAGCGUGACUCCCGGACCUCUGGAAAGUGGGCCGGGUCUGUCCGGUUCAGGAGGUGGGAACGGCGGUGGCUAUACGCAGAUAACGCCCGAGCACCCGAGCUCGCUUUCAGCGCCGUCGCUGCAGAACAUGGAGACGUCGCCCAUGAUGGACGUGCCGUCGGUCUCGGACCACUCGCAGCAGGUCGUGGAUAGCGGCUUCAGCGACCUGGGGAGCAUCGAGAGCACCACCGAGAACUACGACAAUCCCAGCAGCUACGACUCCACCAUGGGUGGAGGGGGCAGCGGUAGUGGAAACAGCAGCAGCGGGAGCAGUAUAUCCGUCCCAGUUGCGCCGGUGUCAUCCGCGUCGUCUUCGUCGUCGACGCCGUCCUCCUCUUCGUCGCAAGGCAAUAGCUGUUCCUUCGUGUCCACUCCUGGAAUGUCGUCUUCCAGUACCGCCGUGGCCUCUCAGCUUGCUAUGGGCAACUGCGGUUUGAUCCAGCAGGCCGGUCGUAGUCCGAACAGCGGCCCCGGUCCCAACGGCGGCGCCGCCGUUCCGCAACCUCCGCCCCCGCCUCCCCUGUCUACAACGAGCUCUCAAAGCUGUAGCAUCAAGUCCCCACAGAGCUGCGUCAUCGAGCGGCCUCCGAGUGCCAGCCAGCAGCAGAAGAAGGUCUCGCAACAGCAGCAGUCGAACCCUCAGCCCCAACCUGCCCCCUCUGCGCCCCCACCGCCUCCCCCGCAGCAGCAUUCCCUCUCCCAGUGCAGCAUGGGGAACGGCUUUGCCUCCACGCCCAUGAUCAUGGAGAUUCCCGAGAGUGCAGGGAGCACCGGAGGAGGGCGGAGUCUGUACGACCGCAUGGGGCAGGACUUCGGCGCCGGCGGCUACGGUCAACCCUCGGCCACCUUCAGCCUGGCAAAGCUCCAGCAGCUCACCAACACCAUCAUGGACCCUCACGCCAUGUCCUACUCGCACUCGGCCGCCGUCACGUCCUACGCCACGAGCGCCACCUUACCCAAUCCCAGUUUGGCGCAGCUGGCUUCCUCGCCGCAUCCUCCUCUCUCUCAGGCACAGGCUACCAUGACUCCACCUCCCAAUCUUAGCUCCAGCUCCAUGAACCUGGGCACUCAGUUGAUCCAGUGCAACAUGCCGGGGGCGAACAUCGGCCUGCCCCCUCCGCCGCACACCCAGCGUCUUCAGGGUCAGAUGGCCACCGUCAAAGGUCACAUCGCCAUUCGCACCAAGGCUUCCCAGAUCCCACCCGGAUCGCCGCAUCAGCAGCAGAUCUACGGGCGCAGCACGAUGCAGGGUUCCCCUCGGACCCUGGCGGUCCAGCGCGGCAUGAUGCCCAAUCUCAUGCCCUCUCCAGCUUACAACUCCAUGAACAUGAACUCGCUCAACGCCGCCAUGUCGGCAGGCUACCGCAUGCCUCAGACUAUGAUGAACAGCGGCUACCACAGCAACUACAUGAACCAGCCGGCUCAGUAUCCCAUGCAAAUGCAGAUGGGCAUGAUGGGAGGCCAGGCGUACCCGCAGCAGCCCAUGCAGCCCAACCAUCACAGCAACAUGAUGUACGCCGGGCCCUCGCACCACAGCUACGCCGGCGUGCCCAAGCAGUCGCCUUACAUGAGCAGAUGAGCAAGGAUCCAGAGUUUGAGAGAGAAGCAAAAAAAAAAAAAAAGAGAGAGAGCAAAGACUCGUAUCGAACCCUCUCCCGAAACAGACUCGCAAUACUCUCUAAACACAGUGCGCCCACUUCCCGAAGGCCUCGGCGACCACACUAGCGGGUGAAACGCGCAGUGGUUUGUCUCUCUGGUUAUAAAUUACGUUUGUAAAGUGUUCGCUCUCGCGACACGGAGUCGUGCAGCUACGAUCGAGCUGGCCGAGGGAACGGUGCCUGAUCUAUAGGAACAUGUACUGUACAAACUGGACGCUCUGGUCCCUCUGGUGUCCAUUUCAUCUGUAAUAUGAGGCAGAACACGCGACGGUUGGCUCUGAGUUUAAGGACCUUUCAAAUGGCGAACGCAUCAUGCAUCAAGAAUCUGAUUUCUUUCUUUUUUUUUUUUUUACAUAUAGGAAGCCUUACGUAAAGAAAUACAUUAAAAAAUAGAAUAAAAAACCAAACCGAUCGUUGUUUAUGGACUUGGUUUUAAUUACAGCCACCGUCACCUUCUUUUCGGAUCUGUUUUUUUGGUUGAAAUGCUUGUCGCAGUCUCGCCUCAUGCUUAGUCUAAAGUAUAAGUAUCUAUGUAAGUGUGUACGGCUACAAGCGGGCGGGGUUGGGGGGCUAAAGGUGAACCCAGGUUUUUUUUUUCUUUGCUCUUGUUUAGACACACUUGUACACAUACACUCACAGCCACAGAGUCAAAGUGGAGGCACUACUGCUCGUGCGCGAAACGGAGCUAAAUCUAAGACACCGCGGCUAGUAUCCAGUAAUCCGUGUCUUCCUAGUUCUCGGUAUAGGGCCGCAUGCAUUACGAUCCGGCAAGACGCGCGCAGACGUCCUAGGUAGCACGAAAGUACCGUUUGAAGUCGUAACGUAUACGUAAAUAUUCCGGUACUUCCCAACUCGCUGCACGAGGCUCCCGAACCGCAAGAACACGGCGCCCUGUUCACACACAAAACAAAACAAAACAAACACUCCACUUCGGUCCACUAGAGGGCACUCUAAUCAAUGGUCUUUUUUUCCUCAGCUGCACAGUGCACCACAGUGGUGGAUGGGUUUUUUAAAAACCGCGCUACAGUACAUGCCGGCGAGCACCGUGCCGACCCGCGAUGGCUCAGGACGAGUGUGCGCACCGCAGGAAUUAUGGACUUUUAUCAUAUAAGAUUAUAGAGGUGUUACAGCCUUCAGCGGUGAAGGGAAAGCAGACGACGAAUCGUUUGCCAUGGCGUGCCCGCGUGAGCACGCGGAAUAUGUACCAAGACUCGUUCUGGUCAAAGUGCAUGUCGUACAGGGACGGUUACCAGUAUAGGACAGGGGGCUUUGUAUUCCUUUGUAAUGUCCAGUAUUCAAUGUCAAUAUGAGGAUUCUUAGAAGAUCUGGCUUUUCCUAUAUGAUUUGUGUGAAUUUAUUAUUAUUAUUAUUAUUAUUAUUAUAAUUUUUGGUUCUCUUUUUGUUUGUUUUAAUUUUCUGAAUUUUAUCAGACUGGGCAGCUUUCUUUUAUGACACAAGCUGACUCUUUUUGACUUUAGCAAAACUUAUUGUAGAGAAAAUGUUUUUUCUAUAAUAUAAAACAAAAAAAACUAGACAUGGAUAUUGGUACUGUCAUUUUUCACUUUUGUUUCAGGAGAAAAAAAAACUACAUAUUUUUUAGCUCAACUUGGGGUAAUAUUAUUAUUAUUAUUAUUAUUAUUAUGAAAUUCAAAACGUGCAAACAACAGCUCACUUCUAGUGAAUAAGAUGCCUUUAACCUUUCCAUUCCAUCUCAUUUCUAGAGUUUUCUAUCUUUGUGUAGUAUAUUGAUGCUAUUUUAAAACAGACGGAGACGAUGAAUAUCUAAAGCUCAUUUAGUUGUUCUUUCGUUUGUUUUUUUCUCCCCUUCUUGUUUAUUUUGUUUUUUUACACUUUUCUCUCCAUAUGUGUAUAGGACGACUAUCUUCCAUCUACGAGGCAUGUAAAAAUAAGCUCAGUAUGUUUCUGUCUGUUUAUAUUGCUUCCUUUUUUGUAUCCUUUGUAAUUGUACAUGGUGAGUUGUAAGCUAAGAGAGAGCGUGGUAGACGGGGAGGUCGAGCGAAGGCGUGCCUGCCCUGGUGUGCCCAGCGUGCCCGCCUUCCUCUCUCUCUUCUCUAUUUCCUCCCUGUAUGUAUUUUCAUUUAUUUGUUUCUAUUUUCUUUCUUAGCAAGUACUUUCAAAGAACUCUGUACAUUUUAACAUUGAAACGAAAAUAAAUUAUGUUGAGCCGUU